AACUUGCAGCCCCACAGUUGUACAGCAGCUCAUAGUGAGUAGGGAAAAGGGGACUUGAAACUAGGACAGAGCAGUCUGGCCCCUUUCCCUUCGAACCAGAGGCUCAGAUUUGCGACAGGGGGAAGAGAAGACACUAGUCUUAGGCGUGGAGAGAGAAAAGGAGAAGAUACUUUGUGGGAAGCUUGCUGCAUUCACUGAGGAAAGAAGCCCCUGGGACACAGAGACCACUGUGUUCACAUUGCAGAACAUCCAAUUUUAUAGAUUUUUUUUUUUUUUUUAUAUCACAUCAGGGGAAGAAUAUUCACUGAACAGAAAUCUCACCACCUGGAAACAUGCACAAGCGCACAAAGAUAAAGAUUGCCAUCUUCGUGCUGAUGGUGGGUAUGGCUUGCAUGUUCACUGCGGUGGUAACGGACCACUGGGCUGUGCUCAGCCCGCGGGUGGAGAAAGUCAAUGAGACCUGCGAGGCGGCCCACUUCGGCCUGUGGAGGCUGUGUAAGAAGUACAUCUACAUCAGCUCGGAAAACUACAAGCCGGGGCAUGGCUGCGGACCCAUCAGCCUGCCUGGAGAGGAAAACUGCACUUACUUCGGACACUUCACUCCGGGGAGGGAUUCUGAGAUAUUUGAAUAUAAAACACAAAAAGAGUACAACAUCUCGGCUGCAGCCAUCUCCAUCUUCAGUCUGGCCUUCAUGAUCCUGGGCACUCUGUGUGUGAUGGGAUCGUGUACCGGUAAAGGCAAAGGACGAGACUACCUCCUCAAACCUGCUGGCAUGUUUUACGCAUUUGCGGGUCUCUGCGCGUUCAUCUCACUGGAGGUGAUGCGUCAAUCGGUCAAGCGCAUGAUCGAGAGCGAGGAAACGAUCUGGAUCGAAUACUACUACUCCUGGUCCUUCGCUUGUGCCUGCACCGGCUUCAUCCUCCUCUUCCUCACCGGCUUCGCCCUCCUGCUCCUCUCCAUGCCCCAGAUGCCCAGGAACCCGUGGGAGACUUGCAUGGACGCCGAGCCGGAGCAAGUCGAGUGAUAGCCGGACAGACGGGAUGAAGACGGGAUGAGAGUGACUAAUGUCUUUUGUUUUGAGUAUAGAUUUGUUUCAAGAACAAGAGCUGGCCACAAAAAGGGUAACGGCAUGAUGACAGAAACUGGUUUGGGUGUGGAUGGACCAUAGGCAUGAUGGGAAAUGUACCUUCCUGCAAUUAUACAGCAACUUGAAUAUGGGUUUCGAAUGUUUGCCUUAUCCUGUAUGCCCACCCAGAGUGUAAAAUAUAGCAGUCCUCUCCAACACCUCCUUAGGUACAGUUCAUGUUGGGAGCUCAAAUCUGACCUGAGGCCUGAAAACUACCACAUUUCUCAGUAAGAGCCAACCUGGUCCAAACAGCAACUCUCUCACUGCUGGCAUAUUUAAAAAGAAAUACUAAAAAUCUGAUUCUAUGUACUGCAUUAAGUAUGAUAUCUUGUACAUAUCUAAUGUUCAUCUGCUGAUUUUUGUAUGGGAUCGCUCAAGGACUCACUUACUUACAAGAAAUAUCAAUUAAGUAAGAGACGUGUGUAUUCAAAUGCUAAGUUUUAUAUUUCUACAAUUUCUUAAGAGUCUUUUAAGAUGAAGAAUGUCCCCUUAAAAUAAGAACGACAUGAAUAAAUGACUGAUUUUGAGCAAAGCAGGA